AUGGGCAAGGGAGGCGCCAGAAGACCGGCGACCCCGGAGAUCGAUCUGGACCACCUCUACGACGUGCUGGCGAAGGUCGUGAGGGAGCAGGAGCACCUGAGCUUCCACGGGUACCAGACACUGCGGCGAACCCAGGCAUGCAGUGGUGCAGACAUGGCCCAGCUGGAGAGCCUCCUCGAAGCCUUGGUGAACUGCCAGCCGCUCUUGAUCUUCAAGUACGGAGAUCUCAAGGCCACGUACCAGAAGCUCCUCCAGAACUUCCCGGUGCUGAAGAGCUCCCACCCUGUGGCAGUGGCGCCGCACUUGGCUGGGAAGUACGCCGAAUGGACCAUGACGCUUUGCAGCCAUGCCAGGAGGUUGCGAGAUGAGAAGCGGUUCCAGGAGGCCUCGAAGAACUUGACGCAGUCGCAGGUGCAGAAGCUGACGUCGAUCAAGCAGAUGAUUGAAAACGGUGCCCUCGAGUACGGCGAGUACGAGGACAAGAAGUACACCGUGAAGUCUGGCAACAAGAAGCUGAAGAAGGUCAAGAAGGUCUUGAAGAAAGAGAAAGCAAAAAAACGAGCACAGGGAUCCUCAGAGGACACGAAGGUGAAGAAAAAGAAGAAGGCCACAUCUUCGGAUGAGGAGACUCUGCAGAAGCUUGCUGCUGCAGCGGACAUGGCCUCGGACGACAGCAUGGACACAGAGGAGCUCCUGGACUUGGAGGUGCCGCUCACCCCGAAGAAGGGCAAGAAGAAGGACAAGCUCAGAGAAGAGGCAGAAGCUGUGUCGCCUAUCCCUUCGAGAAAGAAAAGUAUCAAAACGCUGGUGAAGCAAGACAAAAAGAAGUGCAAAGACGAGACGGAGGAGAAGGCAAAGCAGAAAGAAAAGAAAGUCUUGAAGAAGCCCGCCGCCGCAAGAAAGAUGCCGCCGAGAAUCCUCUCCGGAGUCUUCAAGGAUGUGAUCCUCAUGGCUUACAAGGAAGGUCGCUGGGCAGUCCGUGUCAGAGGAGGGCGACAGCUGUUUCAGAUCUCCAAGUUCUCCGAAGCGAAGAACAAGAUCCAGGCGACCAAGCUCAUCAAGAUGCCCCAGGCUGGCACGGACUUGAAGGAGCGGAGCUGGUUCGGUAGGCCCCGACGCUCCUUGGGUGCGCGGGCCGAACCGCCACCCAAGGAAGAGCCGGCAGAGCGGGUUGCCCCGCCUGCCUCCAAGAGCAGGAGCAAGCAGCCCCCGGGCGAGUGGACCCACGAGUCGAAGGCCCUACCAAAAGGCGCUCUGGCAGCGAAGGCCCCAACGGUAAAGGCGCCGCCGCGUUGCCUUGGGCCACCGCCUCCGCUGAGGGAGGAACCUAAGGCCGCACAGCCAGGGCCAGCAGAGCCCGAGGCUGCGGUACCUCCCGAGCUCCGGAGCAGGAGCAAGAGCCCACCUCGGACUCAGGCACGCGGCUCGCAACAGGCCAGCGACUCCUUGGGAAGGCAACCCAAGGCUGGCGGAGCAAUCAGCCAGGCCAUCUUCGACACCUCAAGCGGCUUAUCCGCCCCCUCGCAGGGCGACCCCGUGGUCGAGGCCCUGUGCGGGGAAGUCGCAACUCUUAGGGGGUUGUUGGAGAGCCAAGCGCAGCAGCUGCAGGCUGCGAUUGGCGAGCUGUCGGCCCAGAGACAACAGGGCCUAGCUGCAGCAGCCGCCACGGUGGCAGCCGCUACGGCGGCACCCGCUGCGCCCGCGCAGGCGAGCGGUGGAGGGCACUUGCUAAAGAGCAUGCGGCUCCCGACCUCCCUUAAGGGGCGAGACGACUGGGAGCGCUUUGCCUUUCAGGCAGAGUCCUACCUGGCGGUCGUGGACACCAGGUAUCCAGCAGAGCUGGAAAUAGCUCGAAAGUGCAAGGUGCCACUCCAAACGGCAGCCAUGACCGAGGAAGUGCGGACCCUCAGCGACUCCGCCACAGCUGUAAAGCUGGCGCGCGGAGUGAAGGGCCAGAAUGGGUUCGAGCUCUGGCGUCUCCUGUGGCAGGAGCACAAUCCAGAGAACGAGUCCAAGAACCUCACCUGGAGGCGGACCCUGCUGAUGCCGAAGUUCCCGCCAAAGGAGAGUGACUUCUCUUUGGCUCUGCAGGAAUGGGAGGCAGAUGUGGACCGCUAUGCCUCCGAGUAUGGCGCAGGGCGCGCCCUAGCAGACGAAGAUCUGCGGGCAGUGCUGGUGACCGAGAGCCCCAACGCUCUUCGGCAACACCUCGCUAUGCACGCGGCGAGUCUUUCGACUUAUGCCGAGGUGAGGGAAGUAGUGGUGAGCUACUUGCAAGCCAAAAGGGUCUGGACCCCGAGUGCGGGCUACGCCGCCUCUUCCCGAAGGGACCCUAACGCCAUGGACAUUGGCAGAAUAGGGGACCGAGACGGAAAAGAAGGGAAGGGCAAAGGCGACAAAGGCAAGAAAGGGGACAAGGACCACAAAAAAGGCAAGGGCGACCACGACCACAAAGGCAAGAAAGGGGACAAAAAGGGGAACCAGCAAGGAGGCAGAGACGGCAAAGAGAGAUGCCCCAUCUGCUGGAAAACGGGGCACACCGUGAAAGAGUGCUGGUUCAACGCCAAGGGAAAAGGCAAAGGCAACAAAGGCCAGGUGGCCCAGGUGGCCGACGACGCGGCCACGACGGUGUCAACAGCCUCCUUGGCGACUGCGGGUCCCGGAGGAAGCACUGGCGGGUCUGGCGGCAAAGGCCAGGUACGCCAGGUGCGCGACGACCGCAUCUUAGGUGUGCGGUUUGCCCCGCCUCACGACACCGAGCCAAAAGAGGAAAAGAUCCUCAAGGUGUCGGGGAGUCUUCUUGUGGACUCCGGGGCGUUUCCCGACCUGCAGCCCGCAGAUUUUCAGCUCCGUCCUCCAUCUCGCUUGCCCAUCAUGCCUUUGCAGUCGGAUGUGCGAGAGCGGCUGCAGGCUUUCCUUCGAGAAGCCUCGGAUGGCGACGGCCUUGUCCGAAUCGUGGAGAACUGCUUGAACUACUUGAAGUCCAAGCAUCUCUUGACCUCCAUGAAGUUGGAGGCGAGCCUUGUGGGGAUCCAUCCCUGCAACCGGGAUGGGUACGGAGUGAAUCCACAAGACGUUCGUGAUCUUGUGGACUCGAUUGUCGAUGUGGGCUAUGUCCCCACACGUGUGCAUGCGGUCGGUGUCGAAGUCGAAGGAGACUGGGUCCGGCAGUGGAACAAGAAGCUGUUCGAGUCAGCCCACGGUCUUCUCGGAAGCCUUGAGCCGGAAGCGAUCAAGAUCACUUCGAUCUGCGGAUCACAUACCAAUUGCGCUUUGCGACUUUUUCAACAAGGUGCAAGCCACGGCAACGAGGUCGUGAGUGUGGGUGGAAAGCUCAGCAUGGAGCUUCUUCGUGCUCGGGAUGCUUCGUUCCACGAAGCAGCUGAUCAAGGCCUGACGUGGGACGUGAUCUCCUCCUCCGUGGCGGAAGAGUUCCCAGAGCUGAUCAGCUUGAUAUCCCGGUCAGGCAACACAUCGCUUCAACGAGGAGAACAUGAGCUACAAGUACUCCGUCGCAUCCAUUCCACGUACUACCGCUUGCAGACUCAGACUGGCCAAGCACCGGUUUUUGCAUCUCUGAAGAAGUUGAUAUUGGCCAGCAAACCAAGCUGCCAUGCCUCCGUACCCCACAUGUUUACGUUUUGUCUGAAGGCUUCCGGGGGUGCCGAUGCGAGCUUCCUUCAGGAGACGGAGUCCUUUGCGCGGGCUUACUGCCCUUCUUCUCGGCAAUUGGGGCCUGUCCUGUGGGAGGCUUUCGGGCAAGAUUGCCGAGGGCACCAGUCAGAUCCCGUUGCAGCAUUUCGCCAUGCACUCAUGAAGCAGGCAUACUUGAGGCAGAAUGUGACCAUUGCUGAUGUGAAGAAGAUGACUUCUAAAGAACUCUUCCCCAAGGUCAAGGAAGCUGACAACAUGAUCCUCACGGUCAGGGGCAUCUUAAGGGAUGGAGCUCGCGAUUUCAUGACGGAUUCGCGGGUCGUGCAAGCUCUGGCCACUAUGGAUAUGACGAUAGCAUCGCACGUCCUCGGCAUCAAGGUGCCGGACGAGAAAAAGUACAAAACAGUCCAAGCGAUUGGGCACGAUUUUUUGCUCGUGGCAAGAAACCUGACCGGUGUUGCACUCCCUUUGCCAUGGGAGUCGGUGUCUGAGCAAAGUGAACCAGCUGCAACUGCAGCGACUGCUUCCCAGCCUUCUGCUGCAGGUGUGAUGCUUGAGCUUGCUGAAGACGGCAGUAUCAAGGAACCUGAGAAGAUAUUGGCCUCCAAGGGUUUCGCUAUGGGUGCACACAUCCGUCGCAAGGUUGACAAAAUCGAGGGAGUUCUUUCAGAAGUGAAAGGUCAGAUGGUCUUUGUGAAGAUGGCUUCGGGAAAGACGGCCAAGGUGGAUCUCAAUGUUAUCCUGGCUGGAGAUUGGGUCGUGUUUGUUCCUCGUGUGCAGCCCACAAUGCUAGACAGCUUGGACCAGUACCAGCACCAUGUGGAUUUUGAUGCCAGCAUUCUUGCAUCGAAGAUUCAGCUUGAGCUCUACAAGCUUCACCAGUCCAUGGAGUGUGGAUCGGAGCACCUGAAAUUGCAGCUGAAGCCUUCGAGGAUGUUGCUUGCCAACUCGGACAUCAAGAAACUCUGCAUGGUGCCCAUGACCAACAAGGUCGUGCAGAAAUCCCAGGGCCAAGGCAACACCAUGUUUGAGGUGCAGACGGACUGGCAAGGAGACGACCGCAAGUUUUGGCUUUCCGGAGCCAACAUUCUACCCAAAGAUAACGACGACGACACUUGCAAACAUGUGGUAGUUCCCUUUUGGUUGGUGCAGCACAGCCAUCAGGAAGAGGAUUGCAAUGUGAAGCUUGUUUGGAUUGCGGGAACAGAGAAGAGCAUCAAGAUUCCGGUUUUUAAGAACACCAAGAAGAUCCCGGAAGGCAGCCCCAUUGUGGCUUUCAGAUCUAAAACGGUGCAGGUGGCUCCCUUGGAGGAAGUGGAGGACGACCACAAGACUUCGGCGCAGAAAAGAGCAUCGGCGAGCUCAGGUGGCUCCAGCAAGAAGGCUCAGAAGAAGUGA